AGACAGCGGCUGGGUGGACGCACGGAACCUGUGCGAUUGUUUCUGACCGUCGCACACGCGUAUGCUUAUGCAGAGAGACAAUAACACGAACGAACGCAACCGGACAGGUUUUUGUUCUUCCUCGAGGCAGAGAGAACAUUUUUUAUUUUCUUCUUUCUUCUCAUCCCUGAUGUGAGAGCCGGUCGCCGUUCUCUCCCUCACUCCACUCUCCCCUCCCCCCACGGACUCCAGCGCACGAUGCAAAGCCGUUGGACCGUGGCGAAGGCGGUGAACAGCGCAGCGACGACGCGUCUCUCCUCUACCACCGCCCCCUCCUCCUCCUCCACAGAGCCCACCGCUGCAUCGUUAGAGAACUCUGAACCCAGCCCAAAGCCGCCGUCGCCAUCGCCAUCCCCACCCCUCCCGCCGUCUGCGUCAACAGGUCGAUCGCAGACGGACCGCUCUCCUUUCCAAUUCCGUGCCGGCAUCCGCGCGCAGGCCGCGCGUGAGGUACUGGAUGUGGCGCACAGCACCCCGACCUCCCUCACUCAUCCACACCCCUCAACAGUCACCGCAUAUCCAUUAGAGCCAAGUGGCAAACGAAAAAAGCGCUGCGCAGCAGAUCUCUCUGCCUGCUCUUCUCCUUCCUCUCCGCCUUGUUGCAGCGCUGCCGCACCGGUGGGUGUGGUCAGCGAAGAUGCAGUCGGCAGCCCAGCAUCUAAUGGACGACUUUCGCGCCACUGCGCUCGCACGCGUGCACCGCAGCACAGCGGAGAGACGCGGGAGUCCGUUACGGGUGCGAUAGGCCAAAUUGAUGUCGUGGCAGCCGACGACAACGAUGACGGCUCAUCUCGUCCGCGAUGGGUCGCCGACAUUCCUUUUAUAGGAGAGGCGUGUGAGCAGUUAGCGCGCACUGCCGUUCGAUUGGUGCCGCCCGGUGGUCACCUGUCAAAC